UAACACGGCAGGUGACACUGACAUGGGAACGACUCGCCAGAGAUUUAGGCGGAUAUCCUGUUAGAAAUAAAUAUCCAAGGCUUUGAUUUGCGUGUAGAAAAAUACAUUUGGUGCAUGGCGCUCAGCUACAGUUGUCUGUAGGGUAUUUAGAAUCGCAUUGAUAUUUCGUCAGUUCAGUGGAUGUUGACGCAGCGUUAUCCAGAAGGUGUGUGUCACUGUUUGCACAGAUUGACGCGCACAACACGGGUUGCCUCUGCGUCUACCGCCUGUGUCCCUCCCUCUCCGGCUCGCAGCAUCGCUGACAGCCCGACGAUGCUGUCAUAAACCGGAGAAUUAAUUUCCCCUUUAACGAUCCUGAGGGGGUCUGUCGUAUUUCUUUAAUGGUUAUUAUGGUUGGAUGCAUUGAUUCGUAAGUAGGCUACGGGCCUGUAAUGUGUUAUUGGAUGCGACCCAUCUCUGAGACAUAGGCUGGUAAACCUGCUUGUUAUAGGCUGCUGCUAUUUGUAUCUGGUCUGAUAAGAAUACGUGCGUAUUUUAUGUUGUGUAGCUGAGGUCGGUGUGAAUAAUACACUUCUGUUUCACUCGGAGGCUUUCCAAGGACAUCAUUGAGCGACACGGUGCGGCAGCGAUGUGCACGUCUGGCGGCUAGAAAGAGCAAGCGGGAGGGAGCCUGUUUCUGCUAGUGCCUGAGUUUUCAGAGUUAUCGGUGAUAUCCAGGGUCCAAGCGCUCUGCUUUCGCUCCUCACUUCGCUUUACCGCCUGGCUUUAGGAUGCGACGUCAUGAGUUGAUCGCGCCUGACAGAUGUUGCUGUGUUGCAGUUGCACGGGCGUAGAUUCUCCUCUUGUUCUCGCUGUUUUGGGGAUGAUUCUGUAAAAAAAAAAAAAAAAAAAAAAAAAAAAAAAACUGUUUGUGUGCUAAAUGGUCAGUCCUCGCUUUGUGCUCGGACACAUCGCAACAUUCAUUUAGUCUUCGGGAUUGCAUAAAAUGAUACCAGGAUCUGCCGCAUCAAUGCUACCAUCUGCAGAAGCUGCGAAAUUGUACCAGACCAAUUACGUCCGCAACUCCCGUGUCAUCGGACUUUUAUGGGCCAUCUUCACUAUCCUGUUCGGUAUUGUUAACGUGACCAUCUUCUCACAGCCCUAUUGGAUUGGGGAUGGCGUGGAUACGCCGCAGGCCGGCUACUUCGGCCUUUUUCAUUAUUGCAUCGGAGACGGAAUCUCCAGAGAGCUGGCCUGCCAGGGUAGCUUCACCGAGUUCGCUGCUAUCCCCUCCAGUGCGUUCAAGGCCGCCUCCUUCUUCAUUGGAAUGUCCAUGAUGCUCGUUGUCACCUGCAUCGGCUGCUUCAGUCUCUUCUUCCUCCUCAGUACCUCCACCGUGUACAAGAUCUGUGGCUGGAUGCAAGCAGCAUCAGGUGUCUGUCUGGUGCUGGGUUGUAUGAUCUAUCCUGAUGGCUGGGACAGCGAUGAGGUCCGGCGGAUGUGCGGAGAGCAGACAGACAAAUACAGCCUGGGGGCCUGCUCAGUGCGCUGGGCCUACAUCUUGGCUAUUAUGGGCAUCCUGGACGCCCUCAUCCUCUCCUUCCUGGCCUUUGUCCUGGGGAACAGGCAGGACGGCCUCAUGUCAGAGGAGCUGCUGGCUGAAAGCAAGGAGGGAGGCAACGCCUAAUCAAACCUAUAUAGUUCCUGAAUCACCAUGUGUCCGUUUCCAUAAAGUACCAGCCCCUCAACAUCAACUUAAAGGAAGGAGGCAGUCCAGGUCUGUAGAGGAGAGGAAUACUAUUGAACCAGCCAGCCUGCCUUUUACAUCUACCUGCCAAAAACCCAGUGUAACCCUACCCUUGAAGUCCAACCAUAUUGCUCGCACUCCACACAUCAUUUCCAACACUUAGAUGGAGCCUUGUGCUCUUUUUUCCCCUGUGUGUCUACCAAGUUAACCCUUGCACAGCAUUACAUAGACCAUGGCAGGGGCAGAGACUGUUACUCUAUUGAGAAGUAUAUGGACUACCCACUACCUACCUGAGAGGGCACAGGGUUGACACCUGCAGUACGAGCACAGACAUACAUAUACACAUAUGCCACCUCACUCAUAUCCACAACAACAAUUCUGUACACAACAUUCAGUCCAUUCAAACAAAACAUUAACAAACUGUAAUAACAAAUAUUAAAAUAUGUUAACACUUAGCUGUGUGUAUCACCUUCAGAAUGUGUGUCAUGUUUUAUUUGUGAAAAGAAGAAACUGCUCAAUUUCAGAUAAUAUCGGGUUGCUGUAAAUCUGUUGUGUUUCAUAUGUAAGGUUUGACAAUGAAAUGAAAGUUUUAGUUUCUUCUUUUGCUCAUAUGCUCCUUUGUUCCUCUUCAUUUACUGGAAAAAAAAAAUUUAGACUGUUUUAUAAGAAUAUUAUCAUCCAAAAGAGAAAAAAACUUGUAUUUACAAAGUAUGUACAGUGAAUAUUAAAGAUGUUCUAGGAAUUUUAACAAAACCCAUUCAAUGCCCUGCUAGCUAACUUUCCACAGCGCUUCAGUUUGAGAAGAAAUAUAAUAUUUUAUAGUCUGUGGUAUCUACACUGUGAUGGGGGCUAUUAGGACUGUCUGCUGCAGGACUCGUAGCUGCUGUGCGAGUGUGCUUCUGUAUGUGUGUGUGUGCAGGGAGGUCAGUGGCUAUAUUGGAGUGAGCGUGAGUGCAUGCACAUACAGUAUGUGAAUGUCAGUGUGAAUGUGUUGUGUGCAAUAGUUUGUUGGGCUAGUGAACAAAUAUGCCAGCCUCACACACAAUAGUCCUGUUGUGUAGCUAAAUCUGCCUGUCUCAGUCUUUGUCUCCAGCUCUCUCUUUCUGUUUCACUCUCUUUUUCCCUUUCUCCCUUUGUUUUGUUGGGACAUACAGGGUAAGAUAAUGGAGUUGGAGUAUUGUGUAAAAAGUGACAGGUGUGCCUGAGGAUUGAACUCUAGUGAUAAUGACAAUAAGUAAGGCUUGUCCCAGCCAAGAUAUGUCCUUAUGUAAAUAGAUAUUCUAUAGAUACCAAACAAUUAGAAAAUGUGGAGAAGGAGGUUAACUUACUGCAAUUUAAGAGAUUCCUUUAAGAAUAUAUGAACACUUAAUAAAGGUUUUCAC